UCACUGAAUCCUGCCCGGGUAUUGGGUCCUGUCGGGACAUGGCCGCACACAGAGCAGGGCUGUUCCUGUCCCUGCUGCUGAGCAUCGCCGCGUUCGAGCUGGCGCUGGGAACCACAGCAGUGGGUGUGACAGUGCCAAAAUCCACAGAGCCCCCCGUGUCGCUGCUCAGCGCCGCAGCCACCACUCCUCCCUCCAGCCCGGACACAGAAGCCCCCACCUCAGUGAUGCCCAGCACACAGACAGAUGCCUCCAUGUUCAGCACUGUGAGAACCCAGGCGACCACCACCCCAAGCUCAACCUCCACAGCCAUGACACGGACCUGGGCUGACACCACCACUGGUGCAUCAGUAGAGACCAGCACAGAAACAGCUCCCACCAUACCAGAACAGCCAGAUUCUUCAGCUGAGUCCUCCACAGCCCUAGUGGGCAUCACAACCACCUCCACCAGCAGCACAGUGCCUCCCAGGGGCACUCUCACUCCCAGCCAGACACUGGGGAGCACAGCUAGGACCAGCUCUGAUAUCUCCACCAUAACUCUACAGACAGGUGCCUUCACACACAGCACUACAACAACUCAGAUGACCACCACCACUCCAAGCCCAGAACUCGUCUCCACCACCCCAAGCUCAACCUCCACAGCCAUGACACGGACCUGGGCUGACAUCACCACUGGCACAUCAGUAGAGACCAGCACAGCAACAGCUCCCACCAUACCAGAACAGCCAGAUUCUUCAGCUGAGUCCUCCACAGCCCUGGUGGGCAUCACAACCACCUCCAUCAGCAGCACGGUGCCUCCCAGGAGCACUCUCACUCCCAGCCAGACACUGGGGAGCACAGCUAGGACCAGCUCUGAUAUCUCCACCAUAGCUCUACAGACAGGUGCCUUCACACACAGCACUGCAACAACUCCAAUGACCACCACCACCACCACCACCCCAAGCCCCCUCUCUACAAUCACAGCAUCCACCUGGGCUGAGAUCACAUCAGCAGGGACCAGCACAGCCCCAGCUCCCACCACACCAGCACACACAGCUGAGCCCUCCACAGCCCUGGUGAGCACCACCACCACCACCAGCACUACAGUGGUCCCCAGGAGCACCUUCACUCCCAGCCCACCAUUGGAGAACACAACUGAGAGCAGCCCUGCUUUGUCCACCCUGAUUGCAGAGACAUCUCCAACAAGCCCCAGUGCCACCCCAGGAACCACAGCAGUGGGUGUGACAGUGCCAAAAUCCACAGAGCCCCCCGUGUCGCUGCUCAGCACCGCAGCCACCACUCCUCCCUCCAGCUCGGACACAGAAGCCCCCACCUCAGCGAUGCCCAGCACCACCCAUGUGACCAGCAGUGCUGCCCCCACUUCAGCACACACAGCUGCACCACCUGAGCCCUCUACAACUGUGGUAGACACCACCACCAUCUCCAUCAUCAGCACAGUGGUCCCCAGGAGCACCCUCAGUCCCAGCCCACCCUUGGGGAGCAGCACUAGAACCAGCCCUGAUGUCUCCACACUGACCACAGGAACACCUCCAGACACCUCGACGGCACCACAGAACCCCAGUGCCACCCCAGGCACGGAGUUCUCCCCCCCUGCCACCACCUCAGCACAGAGCCUGAAUGGCACCACCAGUCCCUCUGCAGAGCUGUCACCAGCCUGCCCCAAUGCCCCGAGCAAUGCCAGUGCAUCUCAGCUCUUCCUCUCCAUGCAUCUCAUCACUCCUCUGGACAUGGGGAACACCACGGUGCAGGAGCAGCUCCUGGCCAAGAUCCACAAGGACCUGCAGACCGCCUUCCCACAUGCCAGGGUCCUGCUGCAGUGGAGAGGGGAGAAGCUGAUCUGAGCCCAUCACCGGGGGAUGCUGGGCAGGACUGAGCCAUCCUGCACCUCCUGUCCUUGUCCCUCUGGGUAACCCACACAGUCCCAUCUGCUUCCCUGCACCCCAGUACCCCUCUGUGCCCCGUUUUCUAUUCCUUCCCACAGCCACUCUACAGCCCCAUAACACUGAUGAUAAAGAAGUAGAUCUACAGCCCCCCACCCUGCCCCAUUAUCACCAUGCAGCAGUGGCCCUGCUGGAAUUCAGGGUAAAGCAGGAGGCUCCAUCAGCCCCCGACCCCCAACAAGUUGUGCAUGCCAUGGGGCCAUGAAAAUCCUGUGGGCUGAGCUCCUUCCCUGUUUUUUUCCAGUCCCUGGUUGAGGAGACGGCCGCACCGUCUGCCUCCCCUGCAGCAAAGUCAUUUAUUAACUGAUUAAUUAGCCAGAUAAAAUGAGAGCGAAGCAAUUAUUACUCUAAGCAAGUCACCUCGCAGGGAGAUUAAAAGUGGAAUAAUGAGCAAAAA